AUGAAGAAACAUCAAAUAUAGUUUGUCUGUUUUGCUUGGUAUUCCUCAUUGGGAAUUCAGUUGUUAGGGGGAAAAAGGCAUCAACACAAUGGAAGCCAUCAAAAUUAGAGGCUAGAGAUGGUUUCAUAACUAAAAUAUCUAGCGACGCUGAAAUACAAGAAACCAUUACGAGAAGGCGAGAAAAACUGUCAAGCCUAGGCCACACAUUACAGCCCUUCAUAAUUAUUGUUGGACCAAGCUAUAACUCUAUUCAAAACUACUUGGUUCUUUUUAAACACUUAGAUCUAUAUCAUUCUCAAAGUAUUGAUUCAUAUGUUUGUGCCGAAGGAAAUUGCUCAAGAUCAUUUUCUUUAAAAAAUUCUUUUAGAAAACAUUUAUCAAGCCAUAACACAAUAGAAACUUCUGAAACAAGUCCUGACAUAAUUAUACAACCGUCUACUUCCCAGCAGCUCAAUGAAGAUAUUUCAUUAAAUUCUAUAAUUCCUACAUCAGAUAAUGUACCUGACCCAAGAGAAUUUUUAAAUAAAUCAAUAAGUUGUUUUCUUGCGUCUCUUUAUGCAAAUCCAAUUAUGCCAAGAAAUGCUGUUCAACUGGUGGUUGAUGGUAUUGAUAAGGUUAUAACACAAGGUAUUUUACCGUGUGUUGAUAAUUAUGCCGAGAAAUUAUUAAACCGUGGUGAAAUUUCCCCAGGAUCUUUUGAAGCUUCUAAAAAUAUUUUGAAAGUURUUGAAAACCCUUUAGAUAAUUUUAAAAAAAAUGUACUUACAGAUACUUUGAAAUAUAUGGAAAGUUUGUCCAACAAUCAUAGUAUUAUUAGCAACUUUAUUCAAGGAUCUUUUUGGCAAUCAAAGUUACAAAAACAUAAUGGGCGCACUGUUUUACCACUGUUCAUGUUCUUCGAUGACUUUGAAAGUGGGAAUAUACUUGGUAGUCACUCUGGUAUUCACAAAUUAGGAGCGGUAUAUGUAUCUGUUGCAUGCCUUCCUCCACAUCUUAUAACAGUUUUGUCUAAUAUUUUUAUGGUUCUUCUGUUUCAUUCUGCUGACAGAGAAGAUUUUAAAAACAAUAUUAUUUUUAGACCUUUAAUUGAUGAGUUCAACUUUUUGCAAAGUAAUGGUAUUGAAAUUAAUACACCUUUAUUUCAAGGAAAAUUAUAUUUUGAUUUAGGUCUUAUCCUAGGCGAUAACUUAGGUUUACAUGCUAUAACUGGCUUUACUGAAAGCUUCUCUUCCAAUUUUCCUUGUCGGUUUUGUAUGAUACAUAAAGAUAGAUUGAAAAUCUUAUGCUAUGAAGAUGAAACUCUUUUAAGAAAUGUUGAGCAACAUAAUGUACACGUUAUAGAACAAAACAUGUCAGCAUCGGGAGUAAAAGAGGAAUGUGUUUGGUUAGGUAUAACACAUUUUAGUCUCUUUGACCAG